GAUUGUGAUGACAUAAUCGGUACGCGCAAGCGCCCUUCCGUUUUGCCUGAAUCCCCUACAUAAACACUCUUCUGGAUGCUUUUUUCCAUUUCGCUCCAUUGCUUCACGACGACAACCACAACAGAAAACUGACAUCUUUAUUCUUGGUUUACUUUCUUUUUCUCAAGUGAGAGACCUGGCAAUAUGACUUCUGCUUCCGACCUAUGCGCAUCCCUCUACUCCUUCCCGACAUCCAGUGACACACACACCCUCAUUGACGCCGUCAUGCUCGAAGGGCAGUUGGCCGCUCGGGAUGCCCGACCCGUCCGCCGGGCUCCUGUCGCUUUUAGUGCUCCCAGCCGCCAAAAGGCGGUACAUGGUGAUGCUCUGCGCUCCUUGGAUGGCCAGGUACAGGAGGUGUACGGUCAGCAGGCGGGAAGCGAGAUGGAGAGUGAACGUUGGGUGAAGGCUGUUGUCAAGGAGGUCCCAACUACCAACCCUCGGACCCAAUCCAUCCUCAACACGUUGCACAGUUUAACAGCCAGUGGUGCCGUUCCCCAUGAAGAAAUCAUUACACUCCUUUUAACUGAGGCUAGACGGAUUCAAUGGGAACAAGCCCAACAGGAAGCAUCUUCGUCGGGUACUACCAGGACCAGCACACGUACAUCGGGAACAUCUUAUCGUCGGAUGCAUGCGCAGAGAGUUCAACCGGAUGUAUCCCGUGAGCAGGCAAUCAUGAAGGAGAUGUAUGAAAAGGUUACGUCGGCGGGUGCUGCAGAUGCAGAGGGCAUGUUGGAUGUGUUACUGGCGGAAGCCGUGAGGACGGCAAAGGAAGGCGAACAGAGGCAAAAAGCCGUGUUGGCCAAGCUUUGAACUUCAAAUGUGCUAUGUUGACUUUUGAUGUACUAUAUACCUUUUUUUUUCUUGAAUAUUGUCAAUUUGUUUUGUGCUUUUACUUACAUAUGGUACAUGGUUCCGUUACCAUACCGCAUUCCAUUUCCGCAAUUACAAGGAGAUGUCAAUAUAAUUUACAUUGGAAUAUGG